GCAGCAUCCGAGAUAAAGCGUCCCUCCCUGCGACGACCUUAAUCCCUACAAUGAUGAUUUUAUCGCUUUAAGUGCUGUUUUGAGUUUUUAUGAGUACAUGAAAGUAUUGUAGGACACGGAAAUGCAUCCUGCUUGGGAUCCACCUGUCUUUAGACUCCGCCACCGCCUCGCGCGUCUUUGAGCCGCAGCAUCACACAUCAGCAUCGGCACAGCUGGACAGCGGCGGCCGGGAAGCCUUGCUUCACCUUCAUCCUCACUGGACAUGUGGAAACAUCUGAUAAUGACGCUCCUCUAGAGGACAGUGAUCAUCGCAGCCGCUUUCUGUCUGAACCUUCUCCCAAAGCUUCAUCAGACCCUCAUCCUCCUCAGAGCCUCAGCCCCAUCUUCUGAACCCCUUUGACCCAUAAGCAGGCACCAGGAUGAGUGGCCUCUUUGCCAAACUGGACCCACGGCGGGUUCAAUGGGGGGCCAACUGGUUCGCCUUCCAGUCCCGCGUCCUGCGCACGAAGCCUGUGGAGUCCAUGCUGGAGACCUCAGGUGGCACCGGGGCUCACGGCACCAAACUGGCCCGCGUCCUCUCCACCGUGGACCUCGUGUCUUUAGGAGUGGGAAGCUGUGUGGGUACAGGCAUGUAUGUGGUUUCGGGACUUGUGGCGAAGGAAAUGGCAGGUCCUGGGGUCAUUGUGUCUUUCAUCAUCGCUGCCGUGGCCUCCAUCCUGUCAGGAGUGUGUUACGCUGAAUUCGGUGUACGUGUGCCUAAAACUACAGGAUCGGCCUACACUUAUAGCUAUGUGACGGUGGGCGAAUUUGUGGCUUUUUUCAUUGGCUGGAAUCUGAUUUUGGAGUAUCUGAUUGGUACAGCAGCAGGGGCCAGUGCACUGAGCAGCAUGUUUGACUCGCUGGCCAAUCACAGCAUCAGCGGAUUUAUGAUCAACCACAUAGGAACUCUUAAUGGCUUGGGUAAAGGGGAGCAGUCGUAUCCAGACAUCCUGGCCCUGGUCAUAGGCAUCCUGGUCACAGUGAUAGUCGCUCUGGGCGUGAAGAAUUCAGUGGGCUUCAACAACGUGCUGAACGUCAUCAAUCUGGUGGUGUGGGUGUUCAUAAUGAUCGCAGGCCUGUUCUUCGUCAGUGGGAGCAACUGGGAUGAGGGACGAUUCCUGCCUUAUGGCUGGUCAGGGGUCAUGCAGGGUGCAGCCACUUGCUUUUAUGCCUUUAUUGGGUUUGACAUCAUCGCCACCACAGGAGAAGAAGCCAAGAGUCCCAACACAUCAAUUCCCUAUGCCAUUACUGCCUCUCUGGUCACCUGCCUCACUGCCUACGUCUCUGUGAGUGUGAUUCUCACCCUGAUGGUUCCCUACUCUGAAAUCGACUCAGAUGCUCCACUGAUGGAGAUGUUUUCUCUACAUGGCUUCCAAACUGCCAAAUACAUUGUGGCCAUCGGCUCCAUCGCAGGACUGACAGUCAGUUUGUUGGGCUCUCUAUUCCCAAUGCCGAGAGUCAUCUAUGCCAUGGCAGGAGACGGUUUGCUCUUCAGGUUCCUGGCCCAUGUGAGUACAUACACAGAGACUCCUGCAGUGGCCUGUGUUGUGUCCGGCUUCCUCUCAGCACUCUUGGCUUUGCUGGUGAGUCUGAGAGACCUGAUCGAGAUGAUGUCCAUUGGCACUCUGUUAGCCUACACUCUAGUGUCAGUGUGUGUGCUCCUGCUGCGCUACCAGCCUGAAGGAGACAUCCAUGGAUUCGUCAACUUCCUCUCUGAGCAAAACUCAAAGCGUAAGGAGGGAGUGCUGGCCGAGUGCGAGAAGGAAGCCUGUUCGCCGGUCAGCGAAGGUGACGAUUACGGAGGUGUUCCAACAAACACCUGCGGAGCCAAAAACCUGCCAUCUCUUGGGGACAAUGAGAUGCUGAUUGGCAAGCCUGACAAGUCCACCUACACCGCCAGUCACCCCAACUACGGCACAGUGGAUAUGUCCUCAGGCAUUGAGUCAGAUGAGACGGACAGUGCGUAUCUGCUAAAGCUCAAGAAGCUGCUCGGCCCACGCUACUACACCAUGCGCAUUCGGCUGGGUUUACCAGGCAAGAUGGACCGUCCCACAGUGGCCACCGGGCGCAUUGUCACUCGCUGUGUCGUUCUGCUGUUCAUCCUGAUCUUCUGCUUCUGCUCCCUCAUCAUCUUCGGGUCGGGUCAGAUCGCUGAUGGCCAGUGGUGGGCCGUCUUGCUGCUGGUUGUAUUGCUGCUGGUCCUGACACUCCUGGUCUUCAUAAUCAUUCAGCAGCCGGAAAACCCCAAGCGUCUGCCCUACAUGGCUCCCUGCGUGCCCUUCGUCCCGGCAUCUGCCAUGCUGGUGAACGUUUACCUCAUGCUCAAGCUCUCCACUAUCACAUGGAUCCGUUUUGGAGUGUGGUGCUUUGUGGGUGUUUUGAUCUACUUUGGCUACGGCAUGUGGAACAGCACUCUGGAGAUCACAGCCCGUGAGGAAGAAGCUCAUGCCAGCACAUACCAGCGCUACGACAUGGGUGUGGAUGACAACUUUGCAGUGGAUGAUGACCUGUACCCUUCUGGAGACCAAGGACCGUUCCAGAGCUGGGGCAAAGGCAGCCAGCAGAAACAGCCACACCAGGAGCAGAGCGAGCCUCAGUCUGAUGGCCCGGACAGGCUGGACAACCACAGGACCUCCUCUUCCUCCUCACACAGCAGAGCCAAAAGCAAAGCUAGCAAACCCAGCAAACCCAGCCCGGGUUUUGAGGCGCUGGUGGUCGACGACGAUCUGGACGAUCCUUUGGAAUGAGAAUGGAACCUGAAUGUACUCAUCUGCCAAGAACCCUUGGGCUAGGUCGUUAUGUCUCUGCAAUGAGUUUUUAUUUUCCUUCAUUACCUUCAUUUGCAGCCCCUUUUUCACUACUGACAGGAUAAUGAGAAUGUUCAGGAUCGGAUUUCACUUUUAGAAUCAUUUUUAAUACCCUAAAAGUCUACAAAUUCCCUAUUUUUUAAACAAUAUAGUCCCUAAUUCUUACUGUAGUGAAACUAUUCCGCACUUAAAUUGACACCGUUUUUAUCCAAAGCAAUGAAGAAGCAAUUCAUCGUAAAGAGGCGAAUAAUCACAAGUGCUAUUUUCAAAGAUCAUCAAGGAUGAGUGAAAUUAUAGCGAUUUUGUUUGUUCAGCCGGAUGCAGUUAAAUACACACUGAAGAGAUAUUUGCGUUUGGAGUUAUGAAUAGAAGAUCAUUCCACCAGCAAGGAACGAGAAUGUUCUGAUUUUCUGCCUCUCUGUGAAGUAAAUAUAGAUCCAAUGUUUCACUUGAACGCAACAGAUGCCCCAUUUCAAGUAAUUUACAUUAACUAGCAUAAUAUUUAUAAGUGAUUUAUCACCAUGCUUUUAGUUAUCGCAACUUUUCCCAGUGCAAACUUCUUUCAGCUGUCAAAAGGACGUGCAUUCACAGGUCACGUCCACUCCCAGUCUGUUUUUAUGUGGAGUUGAUAUAAAAACCAGCUGAAACAUUGCCAUGUAAAGCCCUUAAAGCAAUUUGCACUCUUCAGUUUUGUCAGUAAGCUGCUCUUGUUUUCAAUCAAUUUGAAUAUUAGACAUAAAGCGUUCAUUUUGAAAAGCGAAGAUAGAUGCUAGCCAUAAAAUAUGACGGGUAAUGAUAUGAAAAACCGAGCAGAAUCAAAGGCCCGCUGUAACAUCUAGCCCAAGUGAGGUUUGGACUGUAGGUUGUCGCAAAUAGUCAUUGGAAUUUGCUUGCAAUAGUGCCUUCAUCUGUCAGUGUGUGCUUUAUAUAUGACCAUCGAGGCGUCCAUGCUUGUUUGUUUGUCGACAUAUAUCCAUGGGUUUGUUUUCCUGGUGAAGGUGCCUGUCAGCCGUCACGUUCCACCAUCAUUUCAUUUUCCGUGCCAGUGACUCCGCUUCAUCCUUGCAAGCAGGCAGCUCUGUGUAAAAGCAGACGGUGUGACCACAGUACGGUUUGUGUCUCUCGGCUGGUCAAAAAAGGAGGAGAAGAGAAUGUAAAGAAGUGAAAUUUGCAUGUGGUGGGGAGCGUGUUGUUUUUGUUUUCAAUCUGGCUGUGCUCUUCUGCUGUUCCCCAUAAUUCAUGUGGAGUUGAGCUGAUCUGUCCAGUCUAACUUUAUCUGUGCUACAGCUCUGCCAGCCGAAAAAAGGCAACCAAAAAAAGAAAAGAAACCAACCAAUCCAGGCCUCAAAUGCACAUUAUGUCGUAUUGCUUUAAAUGUUUCUACCCUUUUGUGAUCGUGACGAAUCGUUUAAAACUUAAAAAAGCUAAGCUAAAGAUCACAAGUUGUGUCUUUGAGUCACAUUUUGGGGCCUGGGUUGGUUUUUUAUCCUGCAUCUGGUCUAUGAUGUGAUUCUUUGUCGCUGUGGCAUUUUGCUGAAUGUGUAGCAUGUUCAGGGCCCAGAGUAAAACUAUGUUUGUGAGUAUUUGCAUGUGUGGUGACCGUCGAAAGACUUGAUGUAACUCUCAAAUGUAGCAUUCUGAGAGACGAGGGUAACAGCCUGCCCACCGUACACCCCUGAACCCUCCUCGUCCCUGAAUGGCCUCUGUUUACAAAAGCAAGCCAAAGUCUGCAACCUUUGUUUACCGUAUCCGACAAAAAGACACCGUUUUACUUCCGUAGAGUAGAGCAUCAUAUAACAGUGUGGAGGCGUGAGAUAUUGAAGAGAAGUAUUUUUUUACAGGCGUUUCAUACCUUAAGGGUUCUCCGUUGGCAUAGUGUAGCCACCGCCGGUGGUCUUUUGUGGCUUCGCUUACGUUUUCAGCAGAACUUCUAAAGAAAAGUGGAGAAAGCAUAUAUUUUUAAUGACCUCUUUCUAGACCGAGAUACUUAAAUGGAGAUUUUGUUUUAAUUUAAUGUUAGAAAAGAAGAAAAAGUUCAAAGAGGAAAGGUUUUAAAGAGAUAGUUCAGAUAAAAAUGAAGAAUCUGUCAUCCUUUAUUCAUAUAAAUGAAAAAAGAGACUUUUUUGUACAUGCAAUGGAAGUCCAAUGGGUUCAGUGAUGUUUUGAACCCUACUGACUUUGAAUCAGUGGUGUAGUCGGGACUAUACACACGUAAAUUCAGUAUGCCUACUUUUUUCCACUAGCUGUUUGGGUAUUACGACUUCUGAGGAUCAAUAAUUGCGUAUACCUUCGGUAUACUCACUUGUUUUGCUGAUUAGACUUCCCUAAUUUACGUGUAUUCGCAUGCCAAAUGUUUUUUUUUAACUCUCAUCUUAAUUUGUUGCAAUUGGUGCAUUUUUGUUUAUAUUUUGCGCCAUUCGCUGCCCCUGACGACCACAGCAGCUGUGAGAAAAUUUUGUGAGUUUUUCAAAGCCAACUGAAUGAUGUCUCGCUAAAACGUUCAGGUAAAAUUAUAAAACAGCAUGGGCGGGUUGAGUGGGUAAUAGUACACCACCUUUUUUUUUUUAGGACUACACCACUGCUUUGAAUGGACAUAAAAAGUAAAAAUAUAAUUGGUAACACUUUAUUUUGAUGGUCCAUUUGAGUAUUAGUAGACGGUCUGCUUAAUACCUGUUGAUACUGCUGCUAAACAGACAUUUAACUGACUGUAAGAAUCUUUGCAAGUACAUGUCAACUUACCCUAACCAUAACCCCAACCUAACAGUCUACUUAUAAUCUAUUGAUAAUUAGUUGUAACGUAGAUGCAAUGUAACUUAAUUCAUCAAACGGACCAUCAAAAUAAAGUGUGACCCUAUAAAUAGCAAAUGUCAUAGCAAAACAAGAGUAAAUGAUGACAAAAAUAUUCAUUUGCCGAUGAACUAUGUAGAAUAAAAUCUACAUACAGAAAUAUUUUAUUAAAAGCCUGUCUGAGAAAAAAAAAAUCUUUCCACUAUUGCUUUUAAAGUCAGCUACUAUUUGUUAUUUGUCUCUGAUAAAAGGUACAGUGUUUGUACUUUGUGAACUAUCUUUCCUGCUAUCAUAGUUUGUUCGGUAUUUGUUCAGGAAAUGUGGAGAUUGGCUUCCCUUGCAAAUCUGAUCUUUGUUUCUGCUGUAUAUUUUGGUAUGAAGUGGAUGUAUUCUGGUUUCAAUGACUUUUUUUUUUUUUAAAGAACCUAUUUAUUGUUUCUUCUACUUGUGGUUUUGCUCUCCCGUUGCACUGUGUAAUGAAAUGUUAAUAUUGCUUCCAAUGCAACAAUGAAAGUCAUUUAUUGCAGAUCAGAUAAGCGUGACUCUUGGUUUUCCUUUCGCUUUAAGGCGGUCUCACAAAAAAACAGAAAUCAGAGGUAAUAAAUAUCCUCACAUGGGUGGCUUAUGUAAGCGGUGCAGGCCUGCUCUGUUUCCUGUGGGGUGGAGCGGCGAGCCUAGAAUAAUAGCAAACCGAGAGCCGUACCUGAGCACAAAACAAAC